AUGGCUCUUGUGGUGGUGGUUCUGAUGAUGACGCUCAUCGCUACCUGCGCUUCCUUCUGGCUUCCGCUCACUGCUCCACUGCCGAUCACAGAGCCAUUCUACGCCUCGAAGCCUCCAAAGUCACCGCCGAUCACAGAGCUGCCACAGCUGCCGCUUCCACCUCCACCACCCACCUUGCAGCCACCACUCACGGCCUCCAAUGAGCCCUUCAAGGCCCUCAAGCACUCAAAGUCGGCUACAAAGUUGCCCCCAAAUCCGUCGUCUCCAUCGAUUGAGCUGCUGCCGAUUCAGCAGCCAACACAGCAGCUUCCACCACCCCCACCACACCUGGGGACUGUUCACAUGGGGGUUGACGCCGCCGACUCGCAGGCUACAUGUACUGCCCCUCCUCUUCUUCCGCUCUCUGCUCCAUCGCCGAUCCCAGAGCCAUUCGACCUCUCGAAGCCUCCAAAGUCACCGCCGAUCACAGAGCUGCCACAACUGCCGCUUCCACCUCCACCACCCACCUUCCUGUCACCAAUCACGGCCUCCAAUGAGCCCUUCAAGGCCCCCAAGCCCGCAAAGUCGGUUCCAAAGUUGCCCUCAAAGCCGCCGUCUCCAUCGAUUGAGCUGCCGCCGAUUGAGUUACCGCCGAUUCAGCUGCCACCGCAGCCGCUUGCACCACCCCCACCACCCCUGUGA